CGGAAAGUCUCAAGAAGUAGCAGAAUCAUUUGACAUGUCUACUAGUAACUCAAGAAUAAUAAUUGGUCUGGAAGACCGACAGGGCCGAAUUAAAACAUUUUUCGAAGAAGAUGCACCCUGUUCUCACAUAGGAGAAAAUUGGGGUGGAUACAUCGUUAAGUUUAUUCGCUAUAAAAAUGGUCCAAGGAAAAACUACUCCUAUUUUGAAAAAAUUCAUUGGAGAUUUCUGGCAACUAUUUGUUUAACUUUUGCAUGGAUAGCUGUAUAUCCCAUAGCUGGAAUGCUAAUCCCGCUGCUUUUAUCUACUGGGAUGGAAAUACUACUUUACUGCCAUGAAUCCGGUUUACGAGGCAUCAUACGAGGACGAAUACGGAUCAAACUAUCGAAAAUGCGAAUACGGAUCAAACUAUCGAAAAUACAUUCCCAUUGCAAGACGAAUUUUCGUUCGUAAAAUUAAAAACGAUAUAUACUCACCUUUUGGGUUCUGUUAGCAGUUAGUUUAAUGAUUUCUACUAUUGUUUGUGUAUUAUGUCUUAAGAUGGGCUCUAACAUUAAUAAUCCUUUCAGUUGUACUUUUCGCUAUCAGACUCUAUGUUUUAUAACGAUUGUCUUGCAUCACAUGUAAAACGAAGGCUAUAUGAAGCAUAUGGAGAGGAUUUUAGAAAAUUGAAGGAGUUUAUCAUGAACCUAUAGACAGGAUUAAGAUAUGUGUAUGAUUUUUUCUUCUCAUAACUUUCAUUUUAGAUUCUGCUGUGUAACAAAUGAAUUUCCUUGACAUGUUAAUGGAUUGUGUAUAACUUAGAAGACAUUUUAAAUAAAUAUUUUAU